AUGUGGACUCUAGGGCGACAAGUACUGAUCCUGUGUAGCCUUGGGCUGCUGGCUCGAGCGAGCUUGUUCGACGACAUCUUGUCGGCCUUGCAGAAUGCGACGGACUGUGCGUCAUGCCAAUCUGUGUUGCUUCCUCCGCUGCAAACGUUAGCGAACCUGGGAGACGAUGCUUGGGUAGGGAAUAUGACAGCUGUCUGUCAGACGCUGCAGCUUGCGGACGACGAUGUGUGCGCUGGAACAUUCAACAGAUCUGGAAGAAUAAUAUCGCAUGACCUUCGUCAGAUUUCACUGAACGGGACAACUGCGGUGAAGCUCUGCGAUGCUGUGUUUGGUCUUUGCCAGCCGCCGCUAGUCACACCCUUCAACGUUACCUUUCCGAAACCUGCUCCCACUAGCGCCACAAAGUUCAUCUCCUCCGGCCGCCAGCCGUUCCAAGUCGUCCAUAUCUCCGACGUGCACAUCGAUCGGUCGUACACAGUCGGUGCAGAUGCCAAUUGUACGAAGAAUAUAUGCUGUAGGAACUUUGCGGACGAGACUGGUCCUGUGUCAGAACCAGCGCAGCCGUUUGGGAACUCGCAUUGCGACAGUCCGGGUAUUUUGGCGCAGAGUUUAAUUGAGGCUAUGAAUGAGAUCGGAAAUGAUGCGCUGUUCUCGAUCUUUACCGGAGAUGUCGUUGAAGGUGCCACCUGGCUCGUCACCGAGAGGGAGGUUACGAACGAUCUCGCAGAUUGGAAUGAGCAGAUGGCGGCGUCUCUCAACCUCACUAUCUUCCCGUCCAUUGGAAAUCACGACUCUGUCCCUGUCAACAGCUUCCCGCGAAACACGUCGUCAAGUGGGGUGCAUGCCACAGAUGACCUGUUUGUUUUCGACACCCAAAGCGCAGGGUGGGAGAAAUGGAUUAACGCGACGGCCGCGGAUCAAGUAGACCACAAUUCUGGCUCCUACGCCAUCGUUGUCCCAGGGACUAGCCUCAAGAUCAUCUCCAUGAAUACGCAAUACUGGUACAAACAGAACUACUGGCUUUACGACUCUGACGAGCAAAUUUCGGACACGAACGGUCUUUUUGAGUUCAUGGUCGAACAGCUUCAACAGGCUGAAGAUGCGGGCCAGCGCGCAUGGAUAAUCGGUCACAUCCCGUCUGGGAAGGCAGACUUGCAGCAUGAUUUCUCAAACUAUUACAAUCAAAUCGUUCAGAGGUACAAGAACACAAUCGCGGCGCAAUUCGCUGGGCAUAGUCACAAAGAUCAAUUCGAGAUCGCGUACUCUGAUUUUGACAACCAGACUGCAGAGACGGCAGACAGCAUCAUCUUUAUUGGCCCAGCUCUCACGCCCACAAGUGGCAAUCCUGCCUUCAAGUUCUAUGAUGUAGACCCAGAUACCUUCGAGGUUAUGGAUGCCAAGGUUUUCAUGGCCAACAUUUCCGACCCAACCUUUCAGACCGCUGGUCCGACUUGGGAGUUAUACUACUCCGCCCGCGAGUCUUACGGAGAUCUUGUUUCUGCUUUCACAAAUACCACUCUCGCGCCUACCGAUUCUCUCAAUGCUUCUUUCUGGCACACCCUGACCGAGGUCUUCGAGUCAAAUGAUACUGCUUUCCAACUUUGGAACACGAGAAUAAGUAGAGGCGGGGCGGUGACUCCCUGCACUGGCGACUGUGUCUCGACGACCAUAUGCGACAUGAGGUCCGCAAGGUCCGAGAAUAAUUGUGAUGUUUCGACACCAGGGCUCGAUCUAAGGCGCGACGUGAGGUCGGUCGGGAGACGUAGCGAGAGUUUCGAGUGUGAAGGUGGCAGUAUCGGGGAUUUGUUAGGCGGUUUUAUUGAUGAUGUUAACAGUGACGAGUCGGUUGUGAGGACAAGAGCUCUGCAGAAGCUGAACCUCGAGCGGGAUAUUGCUUGA